AGCCAGAAACAUGCACUCUCAUUAUUGGGUUGGAGGAGGACGCAGACCAGAUUUCAGGAGGUUCACGGUCAUUGAGGUACCGGCAAGCAGUGAAUCAGUGCAGAGUCCAGCACUCAAUCCUAGGAAAAGGAUUCACUCUGCAGAAGAAGUGCAAUGCGGCAGCCGGCCAAACCCGGAGGGUGCCGGUUCAGUGUCCGUAACGGAGCUAAGUUAUUCCGAGAACAAGCACGGGAGGGAAAGCCUGUGUCAGCGAUGUCAAAUCAUCGCGAACCAACUGAACAGGCAGGCGCGCGAGCUGGCCGAGCCAGGAACUCUGAAGGACCCGAGCUUUGCAGCAUUCCUCCUUGACAAGCUCCAGACUCUGGAAUGGCCUCCUCUGGGCUUCGGAUCCCAGAGCAGCUGUGAGGUGUGUGGAACCCCCCUUCACCACCUGAGGCGCCUGGCACUGCACUCUGCCCUGGGGCUGGCGUUCGAGGACAUGCCUGACCUGCAGCCCGGACCACUUUCUGGCCUGCUGCCACCACGUGUUUCAUCCCACAGUGCCAUCUCACCCCAUGCUUCCUGGGAAUGGCCAACACAUAGCAGUCAAAACCUCACCGGACAUCCUUGUGGUUCCAUAUCCAGGGAGAAACCGCAGGGUAUGGAUUGGUGUCAAGAAGGAGCAGCGAGAGUGGGUGGGAAACGAACCUGUUUAGCCACUGUCACACCACUUCCUCUACAUGCACAACACUACCUGGAGGGAGUGUGGCGUGUGACAAGCGCAUCAGAACAUCUUCAGUCAUUGAGUCCUACCAUAGAGAAGGACAGUUUGGCAACUGUAGCCUCCAGGUCCAGUCAGGCCAGUGCUGUACCCUUGGUUUCUCCAUCAGGACAUAAACUGACCCACCAUGGCCAGCCAGCCAUCCCACCAGCACCCCAAACCAGCUCAGCAGCCUCAUUCUUCCUCAGGUUUUCAAUGCAGCAAGAGAGCCCACUGGAGAGGCAUACUGCAGCUCUGGUGACCUUUAACCCCAGUUGUUUCCCUUACAGAUAA